AUGGUUCGAAUGACUUUGGGAACGGCAGCGGUAUCGCUUGCUCUCUCCAUGAUCAAUGCCGUAUCAGCAACAGCAGGAUUCGUCGCCAAAGAUGACAGCAUCUCAUUUGCUCUGAACAUACCAGAGAAAAAUCCCAACAAUGAUUUAUAUUUCAGCAUAUCAGGUCCGAGCAGUUGCUCCUGGAUUGCUGUGGGCAUGGGAUCAGAUAAGAUGAAAAACUCCCUCAUGUUUAUGAUGUAUGCCGAUUCGACGGGGAACAAUGUAACUCUCAGUCCUCGAAUAGCUACCGGUGAAAAUGAACCAUCGCAUACCAAGGAUAUCGUGGUUGAAGCUUUUGCCGGCACACGAAUUUUCAACGAUACCUUCACGUGGAAUGGGAGAUGUCGGAAUUGUACCUCGUGGAAAGGAGGGUCCAUAGGCCCUACAAAUAUGGAGGCAAACUUCAUAUGGGCCACUGGACCACCGGGAAACAUAAAUUCCAAUUCGUUGCAUGCCAAUAUCAAAAGACAUGAUACGUAUGGAGUUUUUGCCAUGGAUUUGUCGAAAGCGAUAGGCGCUGCAGCUGUACCUGCAGUCCCAACUUCGAAUUCCAAAGGUUCUUCCCAGUUUUCCGAGAAAGCGGAUGGUAAUGUCUCGUCGGCUGCCCAUGCUGUCUUGAUGGUUUUGGUAUUCGUAGGCCUUUUGCCAUUAGGUCUAGUUAUUUUGAGGUUUUUUAAUUGUCCCAGAUGGCAUGCUCUCAACCAGACUAUAUCUCUUAUGAUUGCCAUCAUAGGUCUUGGAAUAGGUGCUCAAAUGGGCACACUUUACAAUCGGACGAAAGGUUUCAAAUCCGGACAUCAGAUCUUUGGCCUCAUUAUUGUGGUAGCCAUGGUCGGACAGUGGAUCCUUGGUUUCCUCCACCACCGAAUGUACAAGAAAACCUCAACGCCUACCAAAUUCGCCCCUAUCCACGUCUGGUUAGGUCGUAUUAUCAUCCCAGCUGGAAUCAUAAACGGAUUUAUUGGCUUCCCUCUUGCUCUUAACCCUAAAUUUGACUACGCACUCCUAGCCUGCACACUCCUUAUUAUAAUAAUCUUCGCCCCUCUUCUAUUCUGGGGCUACAAACGUCGUCAAGCUAAAGAAAUCGAAGCAAUUACAAGCGAGACAGAAGGCUAUCAAGCAGAGCCCUGGAGAGCCCCUCAGGCCCAGUAUGAUAUCAAUCUGAAUCAGAUGAACAUGGGCUCUGCCUAUGGAGUACCUCCUUCUUACAAUGCGGCUGCACAACAACAUAUGCAGCAGCAGCAACAACAGACUCCGGGUCAAUCAUCGCAUAAUCUUCCAAUGCAGCAGGGAAUGCAGUUUGUUUAA